AUGACGGCCACUAAUGAUGUUGAGUUGGACCAGGACCUCAUACCUUGUAAGUACGUCUUAAAGAAGAAGGCAAUAGGUUCAGGUUCAAAUUCUCAAGUAUUCGAAGGGAAAAAUAAGAUCACCGGUAUGCACUAUGCUGUCAAGCAAUAUCCUAGGAAGUUACUAUAUGGGUUGGAAGAACUGUUACAAAGUGAAUACCAGGUGCUUACUAAGAUAUCUAGAUCACACCCUAACAUUUUGACUUUGGUAGAUUCGUUUGAAACCUCGGACAAUUUAUACUUGGUCACAGAUUUGGCUACUGGAGGUGAAUUGUUUGAUAAAAUAGUCAAUGGGAACCCAACUGUCGGAAAUUCUGGACACUUAAAUGAGCCCGAAGCCAUCCAAAUUGUGAGGGCCUUACUCUCAGCGGUAGAAUAUUUACAUAAAAAUAAUGUUGUGCAUCGAGACCUCAAAGCUGAAAAUAUUCUAUUUGGUACUGACAAUGGUAGCAACAUCUUGGUUGCUGAUUUUGGCUUGGCAAGAAUUUUGCGUAAUAGUAACGAAAAACUUCACGACAUAUCAGGAACAUUAAGCUAUAUGGCGCCCGAAAUAUUCCAGAAGGAAAAGGGACAUUCGUUUGAAGUAGACAUGUGGGCUGUUGGAGUUAUUGUAUACUUUAUGUUAUGCGGGUACAUGCCCUUUGACUGCGAAUCUGAUAGCGAAACCCAAGAGGCAAUAUGUAGUGGUGACUAUUCAUAUGAUCCUCCAGAGUACUGGGAGCAUGUUUCUCCUGAAGCUAUAGAUUUCAUAGAUAAGUGCUUCACGAUAAACCCUGAGGAAAGGAUCACGGCCACUGAAGCGUUGGACGAUGCGUGGCUAAGAGAGAACGACUCCGACAGCUUGAGAAGAAUAUUGCAGAGAAAUGCAUCUAAUACAAAGCUCAGACAAUCGAUUGAGAAUUUAAAAUUACCAUGCAUGCAUGGAAGUAAAAGAGAAUCCAAUUAUUCCAUUAGUACGUUAUCUUCGGCUAACUCAAAGCUCUCACUAAUAGAGAAGUCCAGGUUUGCAUCUCUACAGGAAGGGACUACUUUGCAAGGGUCUUAUUGUGCUACCCCAGACGUUUUUUCCAAUAUAAAUAGCCCUCAAUCAUCUCAGAACGUCUCGAGGCAAAGCUCUUCGAAUAAUAUUGUUAAACUAUUGAAAGAGACGAAGUGA